GCCCUCUUGGGCUUUCAGUGGUUGAAAACAAUGCAAGUCUUUGGCUCCUUGAGAAUGUUUGCGGAGGAGUGGCUUUGGAACGCUUCAUCUGCUCAGUCUUGUUUCUGCCUGGUACCGGCCCUCCUGGAACUAUGGACCUUCACGCCAAAAGGAUGAGUGCUGUUGGUAUCAGUCCAUCAGUCUUGAAAGAGAGUUCUCACAACUUCUUCUUACAAGUUCUUAUUCAUUUUGGUGAGAAGUUUCCACCAGCCCCCCACCCAUGUCUAGUCCUCUGUGAGGCAGAGUGUGCCAUGGACAUGGCUGGUGCCCGGUCUUUCUCUGAAGGGAAGAUUGCUGGCCUCUACGAUCUGGAGCGCACUCUGGGCAAGGGCCACUUUGCCGUGGUGAAGCUGGCCCGGCACGUCUUCACGGGGGAGAGGGUGGCCAUCAAAGUGAUCGACAAGAGCAAGCUGGAGGGUGGGGCAGCUGCUCAGCUGCUCCAGGAGGUGCGCUGCAUGAAGCUGGUGCAGCAUCCCAAUGUGGUGCGCCUAUAUGAGGUCAUCGACACCCACACCAAGCUCUACCUCAUCCUGGAGCUGGGAGACGGUGGGGACAUGUUUGACCACAUUAUGCAGCACGAGGGUGGCCUCGGAGAGGAGCAGGCCAAGCACUACUUUGCCCAGAUUGUCCACGCCAUCUCCUACUGCCACCGCCUCCAUGUUGUCCAUCGUGACCUCAAGCUCGAGAAUGUGGUCUUCUUCCAAGAGCAGGGUGUGGUGAAGCUCACAGAUUUUGGCUUCAGCAACUGCUUCCAGCCAGGCAUGAUGUUGACGACCAGCUGUGGCUCGUUGGCCUACUCUGCUCCUGAGAUCCUGCUGGGGGAUGAAUAUGAUGCUCCUGCUGUUGAUGUAUGGAGCCUGGGCGUCAUCCUCUACAUGCUGGUGUCUGGACAUCCGCCUUUCCAGGAGGCCAAUGACAGCGAGACCCUGACAAUGAUCCUGGACUGCCGCUACGUCAUCCCACCUCACGUCUCCUCCCAAUGUGCACACCUGAUUGCCCAGAUGCUGCAGCGGGACCCCCGGAAGAGGGCCUCUUUGGAGCAGAUUGAGAGGCACCCGUGGCUGCAAGGGGUGGACCCUUCGCCUGCCAGCCACUGCCUCUUGCCCCUGACGUCACACAGGCGGGUCUCGGGGGAAGAGCAUGAGAUCAUCAUCCAGGCCAUGAUGUGUGGCAACAUUGCGGACCGAGAAACCAUCCAAGAAGCCCUGGAGGCCAACCGCUAUAACCAUGUCACAGCCACAUACUUCCUGCUGGCCGAAAGGAUCCUCCGGGAGAAACAGGAGAAGCAGGGCCACGGGGCUGGCCUGCUCUACAGUCUGGCCCAGCAUGGCCAGAGCAGGAGCUCCUGCAGCAGUGGGGGGGGGCCCGGCCACCCGCCACCCAUCGCAGGCGAAAGCCCUUUGCCUGUAGCCAAGGGCGCUCUGGAGAACUUGGUAGAGCAUUCUGGGAAGUCCAUCCUCUCCUUCUCUGCUCUGGGUGAAGAGGACUCCCCUUCCAGCUUCCGUGGAUGCGGGCAGCCAAUCAGAGCACUGAUCCAGCCCUCCCUCAUUGAGACCCCCAUUGCCAAGAGCACCCCCGCCCUGCAGCAGAUUUCUGAGGAGGAGGAAGACGAGGAGGAGGAAGAAGAGGGGAGGCCUGGCCUCUUCAGGAGGAGGACUUCCUCUCUGAAUCAAGAGCAGAUGAGUGACUUCCAGAGUGCCAAGGCUUCCCUGCUGUUCUGCCGAAGUCUGGGAGCCCACAACAAAGCAGGGAAGACUCUUGCCUCUGGAUUCCCUAGGGCACAUGGCCUGGAGCCUCAAGGGCCUGACAUGAGCCUCGCUCUGGCAGCUCCACAGCGACCUCCAUAUCUGAGAGGCAAGGAGGCCUUGCAGCGAGAGGAGGGCAUCCCCAUCCCCGGGGAGGAAAGAGGCCAUGAAGCACCAGCAGAAGGGGCCCCCAAAGGCAAAUCUGGGAUGGGUGGGAAAGGCAGCACAAUAGUGGCGACUGGCACAACUGAGCAACGCGUGAGAAGGGAAGAGCGCAACAACAACCGUCCCCAAGUGAAAGGGGACUCGGAGGGGGGGGAGGAGCUCUUGAAGAGAGGGGCGGGAGAACUCCUCGAGACUGGGAGCAAUGGUGAAGUUCUCACUCAGAGAGCGGCCAGGAUCAGUCCAGCCUCAGACCUGGCAGACAAGUUCCAGAACCUGGACAAGGGCCUUGAGAUGGGAGCCGCCCACCGGCCAAAGCAGGGGAGCGACAGGAACGGCCGUGGCAGUGAAAGCCUGACGGACAACGCAAUCAAGUUCGACCCUGCAAAAGGCAAGAGCACCAACCUGAAGGAGAGGAUCCUGCAGUUUCCGCUUUGCGAGAAGGCCCUUGCUUUCCGGAUCCGUCCCACCUCCAAGGAGAGCCUCCUCUCCUUGGGACAGUUUAACUGCUGCCAUGUCAUCUGAGCCUUGUGUUGCGUCUGCAAGAGAGAAGCAGGCCAGAGGCAGCGGACAGUGGCCAUGAUGGAAAGCAGAGGGCCCUGGCUGGAGGCUAAUGUUGGUCCAUUCCCAUAAUCCUCUACUCCCAGUGAAUGGCUGCCACCAUCCUGCCUCAACAGGGUGGACGCCUGCCUGCAUUUUGACACUAGCUCUGCAUAACUGCUUGAACUGGGGGAACCAAAUGGCUGCUCCACCCCCGCCCCUAGGCCUCCCCCUUAGUUCACCGCAUGCUGAGCCUGGAACUCCACCGAAGGCUGGGGGUGGGCUUGGGGAUGCCUGGAGCUCCUGCCUGGCCCAUGCUGGAGAAGCUCUUCUCAAUAGCAAGAAGGUGGUUCUGAGUCAGCCCAGAGCAGCUCAUCAGAGAAGAGGCCGAAAGAGGCCUUUGUGCUGCAUCCCAUUCCAGAGCCAUAUGGGGAGACAGACCCCUGGUCCUGGUGCGCCCACUGGCAGAGGGCUUGGGGAGGAAGCCGUCUCCAGUGGUCCCUUUUUCCCUCCCUGGCAGUGUCUCAAGGGCGUCUUUCUUCCCACACACGCUCCCCAUCUUUCCUGUCCUCACAGGGGUGCCUGGGGAUUUAUCUGUCCUGAGCAAGUAAGCUGCAAGGGCCACCCUUGCUGUCCAGGGUCAAUUCAGAUGGAAGCCACAGAGUUCCCUGCCGGAGCUCUGCUUCAAUGCCCAGGCAGUGACUGCCAAGGCAUCUCAGAUCUUUGCAGAGGGAGCGGAGAUCCCUCCUAGCCAUCUCCCCUUUUCUUCCAGGGAGAGAACAAAGAAAUGUUUCAUCUGCCUCUGAUCUUCUAGACAGACAUCACAGGAUCUGUAGUGAGGAAUCUGGCCCCUUUUCCAUUUCCCCAGGGACCCCCCGGUCUCCUUCUCUCAUCUCUGGAAUCUGGCCUGCCUCCCAGUCCAGCUCACUCCUGGAACCAGAGCCGAGCUGGGCGGAGAUGGGACUUAAGCAAGGGGUCAUUGGGUCUGGGGAGGGCUUGAUCCCUUGUGCCUCCCUUUGAAGGUCAGCAUCGGACACAUACCCUACCCCCUUCGUGGGGCAAGCAGUCAAAGGUGGCCACUGAUGCUAUGUUUGGUUUGGCCCAAAGCCUCUGAAUCUGGGCCAAGUGUCUGUGAAGGAGCCAAGGGUGAGAUUCUGCACCUGUGGGAGACAGCGGGGCGAGGGCAUGCACCUCACCCCUUGGCCUUUCCUUGCUGCUGGGUGCAGUUUACAGGGGAGUGGUGGGGGAGGGGGGGCUGCUCCGCCUUUGAAAGGCAUCCCACUCUGUUAGUACUAUGACUGAGCUGAGGAGGCCCAACCUUCCUUUCUGCCCCUGUCGUUUGUACCCUGCUGCUUAUGGACUAGCUGCUUGGUUUGAGUGCCUGGCACUGUGCGUAGGAAGGAGUCCCUGAAUCCAGCUCUGAGCUGUCUGUCAGUUUCUGACCAAUUCCCUUGACCUUUUGGAAGCCACAAGUUGCUUCCAGAGGAGCGUAUGUUUCCGUUCCAAGGCAUCCCAAUUCUGCUAGGCCUGAAGAACUGAGCUUUUUAUAGCAAUCAAAAUAUUUUUUAAGAAUAGUCUAUUUUAAUGUAACAUAGAGAAGGCUCGUAUCCCUUUCCCCAGGCCUAGAGCAAAUGCCUUGGGCAGCAAAUGCACUUUUUAGGAGUUAACUAGCCAUGUUCUCGCCCCCCCCCUUUGCCAGCAAUCCUCCCUCCUUUCCCUGCAACUCCCCUGCAAGGACUCUGCUGGUCUGGUUGAGCUAGUCAAGGGAGGGCAAACUAGCUGCUAUGCUGGGACUUCUGUGCGUGAAGAGAGAGACACACACACACACAUUCCCCCGCCCCCCAGUCAUGUUUGUUCCCCCUCCUGUGCCUCCCCUGCUGUGUACCACAACAUGUAAGUGCUGCCAAACACCAAAAUCUUCAUCUUCUCUCUGAAACUCUUCCAGGAAAAUAAGCUUUCUGUGUAUUAUUAUCCUUCUUGCUGGCAAGAAAUGAAUUGAGAAUUUGAUUGUUGAGCUCUUUGGGUUCUGUAUAAAGUGCACUGAUUGGAUCUAAGGCGGAAAGUUUACUCCAAUAAAAUGACUGUGCUGGA